CUCUCUUGCCCACCAGCGACUCCCGUAGCUGGAACUCGCUCGUCAAAAGGAAAAGAAACACUUCGCUUCAGCUGGUUGACAGACGACUCAGAGCAAAAUGGGUAUACUGGUGAUUACGGUGGACCUAGACUGCUGUCGCUGCAGAGCCAAGAUCACCAAGGUCCUGGACUGUCUCAAAGAGGAGUUCUGCAUCGAGAAAGUGGAGUUCGAUGACAAGAAGGAGAAGAAGGUGGUGGUGGUGCGUGGGAAGUUCGACGCCGAGAAGCUCUGCAAGAAGGUGUGGUCCAAGGCCGGGAAAAUCGUGAAGGGGAUUGUCAUCGCUGAGGUGUGGCCAAUACCAGCCCCGCCCAAGGAGUGCAAGCCUGAGGCACCGAAAUGUUGCGACUGUGAGAAGUGCAAGCCGAAGCCUAAGCCGGAGCCACCGAAAUGUUGCGACUGUGAGAAGUGCAAGCCCAAGCCCAAGCCUGAGCCACCGAAAUGUUGCCACUGUGAGAAGUGCAAGCCCAAGCCUGAGCCUCCCAAACCAGAGAAAUGCUGCAGUGCCUGUUGUCACUGCAAGCCUAAGCCUGAUCCCAAACCGCUGAUAUGUUGUGUCUGUUGCCACUGCAAGCCGGAGAAGAAGGAAGAGAAGAAGGAAGAAAAGAAGGACGAAAAGAAGCCGGCGCCGGCCAAAACGGAGUACAAGUUUGUGCCCUACCCGUACCCGCUGCCGAACCCCGCGAUGUGCCCGAGCUGGCCGUGGCAGUGCCCGCCUCAGCAGCAGUGCCAGUGCUGCCAGAAGCCUCCGCCUCCGCCGCCCAAGUCGCCGCCGAAGCCGCCGCCGUGCACCUGUUCGAGCCACGCCGCCUGUGUCUGCGGCAAGACACCGCCGGCGGUCUGGCCACCGAUGCCGCCGCCGGUCUGGCCGCCCCCGUGGGGCACCUGCAACGUCGUCACCGAGGAGAGCCCGUGCUCCGUCAUGUGACGCUACGCGCUUGCUUUGUCAUGUACUCGUCGCUGUUGGCCUGUUGCUGUGCUGCCAUCGGUACUGGACCUCGGUGCUACUUGGGCCGGUGCCAUUCUGUGUAGUGAAGGUACAGUGCAUCGUCUGCAGAUGUGCUUGCCUCCUACAGUCUCUUAUACGAACGUGUCACGCCUUGUUUUAUUGCAGUAAUUAUGUAGCUUCCAGCCAUAAUUUGCUACUCUGUAUAUGUGGUAUAAGAUGAAUUUUCAUAGCUCGGCUCCAUGGAAAUUCAAGAAAUCUGUCACAUCCGCAUGGAAAUUUAAGGACAAGUUAAAAC